AUGCAAUUAUAUUUGAUUUUGUUUCUCAGACAAUUGAUGUGGAAAUAUCAUAUUCCAAAGAUGGAUAUGAUCAUACACAUUAGGGUGCUCCUGCUUUUGGAGAUGUCAAACCCCACCUGGUGCAACGUAUCUCAUCCCCAGUCAGUUUCUUGGCUUGGUGUCAGUCUUACACCAAAGUCCUUCUUCCGCAAUCCAAAGUACAAUCUCCGCGAAAUCAUUGAAUGGAAUCAAUUCAAAAACUUAUCUGACCAUAACACUCAACCAAGCUCCGCUGGUCUUCUUGUUCAGAUGGCGAAUCCAGAUCUUGAUGUUGCUUCUGAACGUAGGAAAGAGAAAGUUGAUAGUCACAUCAGCUCAUGGAAUACUCGACAAGCCGUUGUCAAUAAUCAGCCUAGUGGUUCAGCAACCGCUGAAUUGACUGCAUCUGAAAAUUUACUGUUGAAUGUCACUAUCAAGUUAAAAAAUAUUCUUACCAAGAAUGGAUCUGAACAAUGCCGAUUCAGAGAUCCUCAAGAGUCUAAGAAAUGGUGUCAUAUGACUCCUCGCAAGAUCAAAAUAUGGGUUGAUGCAAUUAUACUAGCUCGUCAAGAAGAUCGCACCGAUGUUGAUUUAUGGACUCCUCCUAAGUUACCAGCUUUCAAGACCUUCCUCAAUGGACAGCUUCCUCCAGGGUAUCUCGAGUUUCCAGACAAUCCCCCACCGGUCGGAUUCAUGGCUGCUGCUCCUGCACCUCUGCCACAACAACCAAUCCCAUCAGCUACCCCAGCUCAACUACACAAUGACCGUAUCUAUCAACACAAAUACUCUGGAGAUAUGGAAGACUUUCUCAAUUAUGCUGAAUUUCCUGAAAGUGAUCAUACUUUGAGGACAAGGUUAAGCAAUGCUCAUUACACUCGUUGGAGUGAGCUCAAGCCAAGUGAUGAUAUGAACAGUCAAGAAUUAAAAGUGAUUGGCAUAGCUCGAGGUGAUGCAAACCAUCUCCUUGCAAGUGCAGUUUGGUACAAGGAAUUUUUACUUGCAAAGCUUGCAAAGAUUGAUGCGCAACAGCUUUGA